AUGAGUGGACAAGUGUGCGCCAAUGGCCUGAGAGUGUUGGCCAGGGUUAGUCGCAAUGCUGGAAAGCCGUCUCUCCGUUCGUGGACGACCGAAGCACAAUACAUCAACCGAGUCAACUUUCGGACACAAUCACGAAGAUGUAUGGGAUCCUGGAGCGACCGCCGGAUCAGAGGCCAGUGGGGAGCACAGCACAUGAAGAAGCGAAACUAUGCCACUUCAAACUCGACCAUCUCCAUGGCCGAUUACAGAAAGAGUAGGUNNGAAUAUGGCCCCGUGGCCGAAUACGAUCGCCGUGUCAAGUCUGGCGUCCUGAGAGACGACCAGCAUCAGCGCAGUAAGUUCAACGAACUCGGCAUUCACCCGGGAAGAGUUAGGCUAAUCUUUUCAAGCCNNAUUAUCGAAUCACUACAAGAUCUGCAUGACAUGCUUGCCAACUACAACCCACCGACAGUCCAGGAGCCAACGAUAGAAUCCCUGCAACCUAAGAAGAAGGGCUUUCUCUCGGCAAUCUUUGGCGGCGGCCAAAAGAUGCAGUCCAGCCUGGAAAUGCCCACUGACUUGCCCAAAGGCUUGUACAUGUAUGGCGACGUCGGCAGCGGCAAGACCAUGAUGAUGGACCUCUUCUACGACACGUUGCCCGAGAGUAUCAAAAGAGCGACGCGCAUCCACUUCCACAACUUCAUGCAGGAGGUGCAUCGCGAUCUGCACAAAGUCAAGAUGCAGUACGGCCAGGACAUCGAUGCUAUUCCCUUCGUGGCCGCUCAUAUCGCCAAACGCAGCAGCGUACUCUGCUUUGACGAGUUUCAGUGUACCGAUGUGGCAGACGCUAUGAUUCUUCGAAGACUGGUCGAGUCUCUGAUGCACCAUGGUACGGUCAUUGUGACUACCAGUAACCGUCAUCCUACGGAACUUUACAAGAACGGUGUCCAGCGCGAGUCCUUUGUCCCCUGUAUCAACCUUCUCCAGCGCCAGUUGCGAGUUUUGAACCUCGAUUCGCCAACCGACUACCGCAAAAUUCCUCGACCCCCGUCUGGUGUAUACCAUUUCCCGCUGAACAAGGCCGCGGGUACGCACAUCACGCAUUGGUUCAAGUACCUGGGCGAUUUUGAGAAGGACNCCCCUCACCCAGCCGAACAUUAUGUCUGGGGACGACCCAUUCAGGUGCCUCAAGCGAGUGGGAAAGCCGCACACUUCGACUUUGACGAACUGAUUGGCCGUGCUACUGGUGCUGCCGAUUACAUUGAGCUGAUGCGUAAUUACGACGCUUUCAUCGUCAGCAAUGUUCCACAAAUGGACCAUCGCAGCCGCGACCGGGCACGCCGCUUCAUCACGUUCAUCGAUGCCGUCUACGAAUCACAUGCCAAACUCGUGCUCACCUCUGCGGUACCCUUGACCGAACUCUUCCUCUCUCGCGAAGAAGUCGAUGCAGCGAUGAAGCAAGCGGCAGCCAGGGGUGACAGCACCGCAAAGGCCGCUUUGAAUGAUGGUGCAGAUGUCGACGAUGUGAUGCGGCAGAUGAUGGAUGAUCUCGGCAUGAACAUGAACAUGCUGAAGAAAAGCAACUUCUUCUCUGGCGACGAGGAAGCCUUCGCAUUUGCCCGUGCACUUUCGCGUCUAUCUGAGAUGGGCUCGCAGAUGUGGGUUGAACGUGGAAUGGGUCUUGAAAACAAGGGUGGAAAGAAGGAGAAGGAUGACUUUGCCAAAGUCAGGAGUAGAUGGAAGGAAGAUAGCAUGUAA